AAACCCAUCACUACUAUCUGGAGAAGGGCUGAAAAUCGGUUUUAGAGGAUCUACUAACAACAAAGAAAGAAGUGGAGAACUUGAAUACUAAAGGCGCCCGAAGUCAUUAGAUAAUGGGUUUUGUGCUUAAAGCUUCAGCAACCCUAUGGCGACAAGAAAACGUUGUGUCGUUCUCUCAGAGCCCUGGACGGAAUAGUAUUACUCUCAGGAAACGAAGACUGCCAAUGCAUAUCUGCUCCAUGUCGAACGCAGCUGCCAAACAGAAUCUUGGGUUUCCAAUAUUGGUGAAUGGCUGUACUGGUAAAAUGGGGGUGGCUGUCAUAGAAGCAGCAGUCUCUGCAGGAAUUCAGUUGGUUCCUGCAUCAUUCAGCACUUCAAUGGAGACUGGUCAAAUUGUGCAAGUAGGUGGGCAGAACAUUCAGGUUUUUGGCCCUUCUGAAAGAGAAGGCGUUCUUGUGUCAAUUUUUGAUGAACACCCAAAUCUGGUCGUUGUUGACUAUACUGUGCCUGAUGCUGUGAAUGACAAUGCAGAAUUAUAUUGCAAAGUUGGUGUCCCUUUUGUGAUGGGAACAACUGGUGGAGACCGGGAGAGGCUAUAUAAGACUGUUGAAGACUCAAAUGUCUAUGCUGUGAUUUCUCCACAAAUGGGAAAACAGGUCGUUGCGUUUCUUGCAGCAAUGGAGAUUAUGGCUGACCAGUUUCCUGGAGCCUUCUCAGGCUAUAGCCUAGAGGUAAUGGAGUCUCAUCAGGCAGGCAAAUUGGAUACAUCUGGAACUGCCAAGGCUGUUGUUUCAUGCUUUCAGAAACUUGGUGUCUCUUUUGAUAUUGAUCAGAUACAAAAAAUCCGGGACCCCAAACAACAGCUUGAAAUGGUUGGCAUCCCAGAGGAGCACCUAUCUGGCCAUGCAUUCCAUCUUUAUAAUCUCACAUCGCCUGAUGAGACAGUUACAUUUGAGUUUCAGCAUAAUGUCUGUGGUCGGUCAAUAUAUGCAGAGGGUACUGUUGAUGCUGCCAUUUUCCUGGCUAAGAAGAUAGGAUCCAAGGCAGACAAGCGGAUCUACAAUAUGAUUGAUGUCUUACGGGAGGGUAACAUGAGGUGAUAGAUUGUUUACUUGCCAGUCAUUGUCAUAGUAAGUUAUAGUUUUGGUGAUAGCUUGAGCAGGUUUUUCUUUGUCUAGAUAUUUGAGGUUAAGUUGUAGGAUUUGAUCUCACAUAUAGGAAGAAUGCAAUUUUGGAGUAAUCAAAAUUGAAUUUGAUCACAUUUUGAAUGUGAAAAAAGAUCUCUUGAUAUGAAUGAUUUCCCAUUUGAU